AUGACCAUGUUGAAGCUCGAUCUCACCAAAUACCCGAAGCUCAAUCGGGAGCAACUUGGGCACAUACGGCAUUUCCAUAACCUCGCAUCGCAGCUCGAUGGAGACUGGAACCACAUGGGCAGUCAAGAACCCUUGCAGGAGUUUCUUGAUGCAUACCGAUUCCAGAUUGCGACAAUGGCAUAUGCUGCAGGAGCGGCCCAUUUCCAUCACCAGCCGAUACUGCGAAGUCCGUACAAAGCCCUCUUUCGACAAUUGAUUCAUAAGAUGCUGAAUCGUGCGGUUUGGGGCUACUGGUUCAAUACAAGUCUUGGUGGGACUGUCACGGAUCCGGACCUCAAAGAGCUCCGCAAACCAUGGGCUGACCCUGUCGUGCGAGAAAACAUCAUGUACUCGGGACACCUACUGCUUAUGAUCAGUAUGUAUGCGAUGCUCUUCGAUGACGACGAAUACGAGAAACCAGAAUCCUUGGUGUUUGACUGGAAUCCUCUGUUCUUCGGUCUGGGCCCGGAGCGCUUCAGCUACGACACCACAAGUUUGCAACAAGCCAUUCUGCGGGAAAUGGAGCGUAACCGAUAUGUGGGGGUAUGCUGUGAGCCGAACAUGGUCUUCGUCGUGUGCAAUCAAUUCCCCAUCAUCGCUAUGCGUUACAACGAUGUUCGUCAUGGCACACGUGUGACUGAGGAGCUUCUUCCCAAAUACUUGGCAGCGUGGGAGCAGAAGGGUAUGGUAGGAGCUGGAUCUUUGUAUCCCGAUGCUUGGCUCGAGAAACAAGACACCACAGUGCCAGCACGUGGCCUGGCAUUCACAGCAUGGGCAAAUGCUUUCAUGCAUGCCUGGAGACCAGAAUUCGUGGAAGGCCUCUAUGAAGCGCAAGCUUUGGGCUACAUCACAAAUUUCGACAACGAGCUUCAGUUGAAUCCAACAGCAGUCGCAGAUGCGUUCAGGACAAUGGUGACUGAAGAACAGGUGCCACCGGACAAGAAUACUUUGAAAGAUGCCAAAGAAAGAGCUAAAGCUGCUCCGGCGUCACCGAUCCCCUACACGGCGCCAACACUCGGCUACGUUGCUCAAUGGUUGUCCGAGCUCGGGCGACCAGAAUUGCACCAGUUGCUCAAUUUUGCUGAUCAGCACUUACAUCCAACGUGGGAAAAGGGAGGCUUGUACUAUCCACGCCGCGAUGAACAAUUUGGUGAUGAUUCAAGAUGGUCUCAUAUGGAUCCUUUCACUGGCAAUGCUGCAAUUGGAUACGCAAGACUGAACGUUCCCAAUGGCCAGAAGAUUAUGUGGGAUGAGCCCUGGACUACUCAGACGUUGCAGCAGAGACCUUGUAUCGAUGGACUUCAUUUCGGGCAAGGUGCCGAUUUUGUUCGUGCAAUUUAUGAUGAAGUCGAAAGGUUCGCACUAUUGACUGUCAAGAGCUGGGAUGGCCACAAGCAUAAGAUCGCUCCGGUCUUCAAAAACCUGGCAGGCGGCACAUGGAACGUAUACAUUGAUGGUCAUUCUGUGGCGUCUCACGAAGUCCCAGAAGGCGGAGAGAUCGCCUUGGAAGUUGAGGUCACAGAAGUGGACAUGGAUGUCGCGGUCGUUCUUAAUGACUCUCACCGCACCGAGACGGAUGUGGGAUCUGCUUCUCGGCCAAAGCACGGCGAGGCAAAUGAAACAAAGUUGUAG